AGCUCCCGGCGCCGCCGCCACCGCCCCUGCGGCAGCCCCCGCGGCCCGGCCUACUCCGCAGCGGGGAAGGGGCGCAGGAGGGGGCCGAGGGCCCGGUGGGCUCGGAGGGGCUGCCCGUCGCGGGGGGUCUCUGGCUUCCCCCCUCUUUCCAAAAAGCCGAACAACGCGCACCGAGGAGCCGUCCUCCCUCGGCCCCGCUUCACCUCGCCGGCUCCGCGCGAGGGGAGCUCGGAUGUCCGGUUUCCUGUGAGGCUUUUACCUGACACCCGUCGCCGUCCCCGGCACUUGCAGAGUUGGGACCGCGGAGCCCCGGCCGCGCUCGCCCGGCGGGGGGUCACCGGGAGGAGCCCGGGGCACCGGGACGCGGAGGGGACCGCAGCCUCGCAGGGGCGCCCCCGGCCCUGCCCCCACGGCGGCCGGCGUCCCGCAGCCGGCGCCUCCACCAUGCACUUGCCGGGCUGCUUCUCUCUGGCGUGUUCCCUGCUCGCCGCCGCGCUGCUCCCCAGUGCGCGCCAGGCGCCCGCCGCCGCCGCCGCCUUCGAGUCCGGACUCGGCGUCUCCGACCCGGAGCCCGACGCCGGCGAGGCCGAGGCUUAUGCAAGCAAAGAUCUGGAGGAACAAUUGCGGUCCGUGUCCAGUGUAGAUGAACUCAUGACUGUUCUCUACCCAGAAUAUUGGAAAAUGUACAAGUGUCAGUUAAGGAAAGGAGGCUGGCAACAUAAUAAGGAACAGCCCAACCCCAACUCAAGGACAGAAGAGACGAUAAAAUUUGCUGCGGCACAUUAUAAUGCAGAGAUCUUGAAAAGUAUUGAUUAUGAGUGGAGAAAGACUCAAUGCAUGCCACGGGAGGUGUGUAUAGAUGUGGGGAAGGAGUUUGGAGCAGCAACAAACACCUUCUUUAAACCUCCAUGUGUGUCCGUCUACAGAUGUGGGGGCUGCUGCAACAGUGAGGGGCUACAGUGCAUGAACACCAGCACAAGUUACCUCAGCAAGACGUUGUUUGAAAUUACAGUGCCUCUCUCUCAAGGCCCCAAACCAGUAACAAUCAGUUUUGCCAAUCACACUUCCUGCCGAUGCAUGUCUAAACUGGAUGUUUACAGACAAGUUCAUUCCAUUAUUAGACGUUCCCUGCCAGCAACACUACCACAGUGUCAGGCAGCCAACAAGACUUGCCCCACAAAUUACAUGUGGAACAAUCACAUCUGCAGAUGCCUGGCUCAGCAGGACUUUAUUUUUUCCUUGAAUGCUGGAGAUGACGCGACAGAUGGAUUCUACGAUGUCUGUGGGCCAAACAAGGAGCUGGAUGAAGAGACCUGUCAGUGUGUCUGCAAAGGGGGGCUCCAGCCUUCCAGCUGUGGACCCCACAAAGAACUAGACAGAAACUCAUGCCAGUGUGUCUGUAAAAACAAACUGUUCCCUAGUUCAUGCGGGGCCAACAGAGAAUUUGAUGAAAACACAUGCCAGUGUGUAUGUAAAAGAACCUGCCCGAGACAUCAACCCCUAAACCCUGCAAAAUGUGCCUGUGAAUGUACAGAAAAUCCACAGAAAUGCUUGUUAAAAGGAAAGAAGUUCCAACAUCAAACGUGCAGUUGUUACAGACGACCAUGUACAAAUCGACUGAAGCCUUGUGAGCUGGGACUUUCAUUUAGUGAAGAGGUGUGUCGCUGUGUCCCUUCAUAUUGGAAAAGACCACAUAUGAACUAGAUUGUGCUAUCGUCAUUUUUCUAUCGUGGAAAACUGUGCUGCCACAUUAGAACUGUCUAUGAACAGAGAGACCCUUGUGGGACCAUGGUAACAAAGACAAAAGUCUGUAUUUCCUGAACCCUGUGGAUAACGUUACAGAAAUGGACUGGAUCUCAUCUGCAAAAGGCCUCUUUUAAAGACUGGUUUUCUGCCAAUGACCAAACAGUGGAGGUUUUUCUCUUGUGAUUUUUUUUUUUUUAAAUAAUGACUAUAUAAUUUAUUUCCACUAAAAAUAUUGUUUCUGCAUUCAUUGUUUAUAGCAAUAACAAUUGGUAAAGCUCACUGUGAUCAAUAUUUUUAUAUCAUGCAAAAUACGUUUAAAAUAAAAUCAAAAUUGUAUUAUAA